AUCAAUCAGCAGCAUGAAGAGUCGGGUGGUGCUGGUAGCGGACCCUGACAAGGUGUGGCGCGAUGCGAAGCUGUGUCGCUUCGUCCGAGAUGCCGAGGAGAACCCCGUCUUGACCUUUACGAAAUGGACCCGCAACAACAAAGCAGGUGGCUCCCGGUGGCUCGCUAUCCAAGGCCACCAGGUGUGUGAAGUCCAGCGAAUGGACGACAAUCGCAGUCUCUUUGCGCCACGCAACGUCGUUGUGCAAGACGGCAGCAUUUUGGUUGUGACUCCCAUGGAUCCACUGUUUCUGUUGCUGGGGCAACUGUCUUCGUGGCCUCGAAACUCCCAAUUCUGUGCCUUGCAUGACAUCAUGGAAACCUGCGGGGUGCCACUGCAUGGGAUUUCGCGAUGGACAGUCACGGCCAUCGCGAAACUCUGCGACAUUGACGGAGACGAUAUCGAUUCCCUUCGUAUUCGACGGAAUGAUGACAAGAUCACCGCAUGGCUACGAGUCAAGGUCGACCGCAUUCAGGCCGUCGCCAUGCUACCUACGAAUGGAACCGCCGAAGUCGACGGAACCUCCUUUCAACGACCUCCUGAUGAGGCUGCCAGUACCCAACAGCAGCAGCAAUCGCAUGCUCUGUCUGCUCAUGAAAAUGCCAAAGACAUCCGCGGUUUGCAAGCAGCGAUCUCCAUCGUGACUGAGUACUUGGACGAGUGUUGGACAGAACUCAUCGUGCGAUCGUACGGACUGUCCCCCACCGAGUGGCAAAAGGACGUCAAAGCCGCCAAGAGCGUCAUCGUGUCUGGGCCGAGUGAUAUUGCCGCCAAGUACGACUCGAGACAGCAAAACUCGACCACCACACCCGCCAAACGACCUGCGAGCACCGGUAGUGGCACGAAACUGUCUGCCAAGAAGAAAGCGCCGCCUGUGGCUGGAAUCAAGUCGAUUGCAUCGUUCUUUGGCAAGAAAUAGUUAUUAAUAUAUAAUACUAUGAAGCUUCGAC